UCGGGAAAAAUGGAAUAUCUCCAUUUUUAAGUUAUGACGGCUUAAGGGCAGACGAGGAAAAAGCGUAAACCGACCUAGGAGCGAGUAUAUAAGGAGUCCUAGGCGAGAGGCACGGGGGACAACUUUUGAGACUCAGAAUUCUCGGCACUUAGAAACUCUGAGGCAUUAUUCUCGACAUGCUCUGUUUCCAUGACUGGCACCCGAUUACCAGACGAACGCGCACAAGCAGUUCGAUCUAUUGGUUCACUCUUGAACUACGUUCGGCUUGAUCCUCGAAAGGGGUACGUAGGCAGCCUUUCGUAAGGUUCAGUUUGAAAUCAAUCAAAAACCUUUUCUGUAUUUUCUUCGUCUUUUGUUAUCGAGCUGAGACUCAACUAGGUUUGAGUUUUUAGGCCUCUAGAACUAGGUUACUCGCUGACAGCCUUUGCAGCCAAAGCUUUUAUGAUCUCUUGUAAUGAUCGCAACGCUCUUACACGGACUCGAAAUAAGAUCUACUGUUUUCUCUAAACUCAUUUGUUAUCUUUUCAAGAUUUCCGCGUAUAUUUGGUCAAUUGCCGUUGGCUCUCGCAGAGAUCCGGAAUCUCUGGGAAAUUAGGGUUUUUCUGGUUUUCUAAUUUAAACGUAAAUCGAGCGAAUUUCUGUUCCCACAUGUAUCCGCUCGGGAUUGGAUUUUUCGAAUUUUCGACCUGAUCCCAUUCAUGCUAAAACCCAUUUUGUAACCAUGACUUAUGCGUUUUGGGUUUUUACCCCGAUCUUGUUUGGUUAAUAAAACUUCAUAACUUGUUAGGGGUACCCUAUAAAAUUCAUUCGGAUAUUUUUAUAUUUCAUAUCAGAUGCGGAUACAGAUUUUUUUCAAUUUGGGUUAGGUUCAUAUCUCAGGUUUCAGAAUUUUUGCUCAGGCCUAUAUAAUAUUAGGUAUUUGUUAUAAUAAAUACCACGAGACCAUAAAAGAUGAACAUUUUUAACACAAAGCUUGACUGAAUAAAAUCCAAAUCUUAAGGUGAUUAGACCAUUAGUUGAUGACACUAUAUAUAUUGGAUACCGUAAUAGGGUUCAUCAGUUUGGAUUGCGGUUUAGCCCCGAGUGAAGCGUCACCAUAUAUCGAGCCAGAUACUGGAUUAUGGUUCUCAUCAGACUCGGACUUCAUCCAAAGUGGAAAGAUUGGGAAAAUUGAUCCCAGUCUACCAAAGACCAUAAAAUCAUACGUGACUCUGAGAUACUUUCCAGAUGGAAUACGUAACUGUUACAAUCUUGGUGUGAAGCAAGGGACAAAUUAUCUGAUGAGAUUUACAGCUCUAUAUGGAAACUAUGACGGUCUUAAUAUUACUCCUAAGUUUGACUUAUACGUUGGUCCUAACUUUUGGGUAACGAUAGACCUAGAAAAUAAGAUAAGCGGUCAAUCCGAGGAGAUCAUUUACAUCCCCAGAUCAAAUUCCUUGGAUUUGUGUCUUGUCAAGACAGGCGCGACUACACCAAUGGUUUCAUCAGUGGAACUAAGGCCGCUAGCGAAUGAUAUUUACAUCACUGAAUCUGGUUCGUUGAAGAGUUUCAAGCGAUACUAUCUUACAAGUUCAGAUACCAUUCUAUCGUACCCCAAUGACGUCAAAGACAGAAUAUGGGAAACAAAGUUUGAUCCAGAAUGGAUGCAAAUUUCAACCACCCUCGAAGCGAACAACUCAAAUGGUUUUCUUGUGCCACAGAAUGUACUCAAGACCGCGGCCAUACCUGCGAAUGAUACUGCACCGUUUAACAUUACGGAGGAGCUCGAUUUCCCUGACGACCAAAUUUACUUGUACCUCCACUUCUCUGAAGUCCAAGCAUUACCGAUAGGUGACUUUAGAGAAUUUGAUAUUUUUUGGAACGGCCAACAGUUUGACAAAACGAUACGCCCUGAAUAUUUGAAGACCACGACGAUUAAGUCCACUACACCAGUUACUUGCAAAGGAGGAGUAUGCAACUUAGAGCUGAUAAGAACUACAAACUCUAUUCUCCCACCUCUUCUCAACGCCAUCGAACUUUACACAGUCGUCAAAUUUCCACAAGUGGAAACAAAUGAAAAUGAUGUUGUUGCUAUCCUAAAAAUCAAAGCACAAUAUGGGUUAAAUAGAAUCACAUGGCAAGGAGAUCCAUGUGUCCCCCAGAAAUUUUUGUGGGAUGGUCUAAAUUGCAACAGCACAGAUACAUCUACACCCCCAAUAAUCACUUAUUUGAACUUAUCUUCCAACGGGUUGGAAGGAACUAUAGCAGCUGCAAUUCAAAAUCUUACCCAUCUUGAAAAGUUGGAUUUGUCAAACAACAAUCUGACAGGAGAAGUUCCAGAAUUUCUGGCUAAUAUGAAGUCUUUAAUGCUCAUAAACUUGAGCAAGAACAAUCUUAUUGGUCUCAUACCACAAGCUCUUCUUGAUAGAGAAAAAGAAGGGCUACAGCUAAUUGUUGAUGGAGAGCAUCGUUGUUUAUCUGGUUCAUGUGUCACAGAGAAGAAAAUUCCAGUAAAAACUGUUGCAUUUGUUUCUUCGGCUACUGUCAUGGUCAUUAUAGUGCUUCUAGUUCUCAUUUUUGCGUUUAAGAAGAAAAAAUCAUCAAGUUCAAAAGCUCUACCACUAUCAUCAAUUAAGCUGGGUGAGAAUGUUACAUCUACUAAUAUAUCUGAAAUAUCGAUCGAGAUGAAAAGGAGAAAAUUUACUUAUUCAGAGGUUAUGAAAAUAACAAAAAAUUUGGCAAGACCGCUUGGUGAAGGAGGGUUUGGUGUUGUUUAUCAUGGUGAUAUAAAUGGUUCACAACAAGUAGCUGUCAAACUACUCUCCCAAUCAUCAACACAAGGCUAUAAAGAAUUCAAGGCAGAGGUCGAGCUUUUGUUGAGAGUUCACCACAUAAACUUGGUAAGCCUUGUCGGAUACUGCGACGAACGAGGUCAUUUAGCUCUCAUAUAUGAAUACAUGUCCAACGGAGACUUAAAACAUCAUUUAUCAGGAAAACACGAUAGUUCUGUUCUGAAGUGGAGUACUCGACUACAAAUAGCCAUCGACGCCGCACUAGGACUAGAAUACUUGCACAUUGGAUGUCGACCACCAAUGGUACACAGAGAUGUCAAAAGUACAAAUAUAUUGUUGGGCGAGGGAUUCACUGCCAAACUUGCAGACUUUGGACUUUCAAGGUCUUUUCAACUUGGAGGUGAAUAUCAUGUUUCGACAGUCGUUGCUGGUACUCCUGGAUAUCUUGAUCCUGAAUGUUACAGAACAGGUCGAUUGGCAGAAUUGAGCGAUGUUUAUAGUUUUGGGGUUGUACUAUUGGAGAUAAUCACAAACCAAGACGUGGUUGACCAAACUCGCGAAAAGUCACACAUUGCUGAAUGGACAGCAUUUAUGCUUAAUAGAGGAGAUAUUGCUGGAAUCAUGGAUCCUAACUUACAUGGAGACUACAACUCUCAUUCUGCCUGGAGAGUUCUUGAAUUGGCUAUGUUAUGUGCAAACCCUUCUUCAGAAAAACGACCAAACAUGUUCCAAGUUGUCAUUGAGCUGAAAGAGUGUCUUACUUGUGAAAUGUCGAUGAAAGGUAAUGGUCAGGACAUGGACUCUCAAAGUUCCCCUAAAGUGAGUAUUAGCUAUGACACAAAGGAUUUGCCUAGCGCAAGGUAGUAUUUGCAAAUAAUAGCUGUUUGCGUUGCUGGUAUUUCUUUUGUUGGAGUGACAUCAUAAAGAAAAUGAGAGGAAAAUUAUAGCACUAGUUUGAUCUCGUGUAUUUGAAUAUAUAUAUCUAUUAUUAGAAAUUCGUUACCUUCCCCAGUUCCACAGUAGUAGCCUACUUCUUCUUCUUUUUUUGCACGUAAUAGGUUACUUCUUCAGAGCAAAAAUCAGAGCCAAUAAUGAUGAUGACUACUUGUAGACCUAACUUUCUGUUUUUCCAUAACCAAAUAAUCUGAUUUAAAAAGGUUUAGAAAUCCAAACGUCGAACAUAUUAUACAUAUGUGAAAUCAUGAGCACGUAUGUACUACGCGGCAAACAAUCAAUUUUACUUGAUAUUUAAACAUUAAAAAUGGUUAAAUUUGUGGGAUCCCAAAUACUUGGCUAUGUACUUGUCUGUUUGGCCAAAAAUGACAGUAAAAUUUGUGCGUUUUGCUGGAAAUAACGUUCAUAAAAAAAAAUCAAACUUACUCUAUAUUACAAACAAAUUUGAGCCACUUUGUGUAAUCUUAUUUGGACCCUAAAACUAAAGAAAGUGAUUAAAAACAAAUACAACACAACAAUUGAACAAAGAAACUCACCAGCUUACACCAAAAAGAAA